AUGACCACCGGCCGCGGCCACCGCGUUUCCCCGGCGGUUGCGGCGGGGCCGCUGGAGGAUGACAACGUCCUCGGCGAGAUCCUCGUCCGCCUCUCCCCGGAGCCAUCGUCCAUCCCGCGGGCGCUUGUCUGCAAGCCGUGGGGUCGCAUCGCCGCCUCCGCGGACUUCCGCCGCCUCUGGCGCGACCGCCACGGGAGACCCCCGGUCGUAGGCGUCUUCGAGAAGCGCAUGACGACUCUGCUCUUCACACCUGGCCUGCAAGCUCCAGAUCGCAUCCCCAGGGAGCGCUUCUCCCUCCAGGUCUGCAGCGAGGCCGCGUGGAACACCUGGUGCGUGCUCGGGGUCCGCCAGGGCCGCGUCCUCAUCAUGAACUGGACGCUGCGUGAGUUCCUCAUCUACAACCCAUUUUCCGGUGAGCGCGACCGCGUGCCAUUCCCACCGGAUCUCUCACUCCCACCGGAUUUCUUCGACGACGCGUACAACGCCAACGGAGCUCUGCUCUGGGACGACGAGCAGCGCCCACUGAAGCUGGUCUUGGUAGCCUGCUCGGGUCGCACCAGAGUUGAGGCCCGUGUGUACUCCUCUGAGACGGGCACAUGGGGAGACAUCAUCUCCAUUCCUGAGCCAUGUCGUCUUACCAGUGUCCCCGCCACCGUGGUCGGCAACCGCCUCUGCUGUUGGCUCAAAAGGCCUGUGAAUAGCAUACUAGAGUUCAAUCUGGAUAGCCAGACCCUAGCUCUCAUCACAAGGCCUCCCCGUGCCAACCUCAAGAGCCGCAACUGCCGGAUCAUCCCAGGAGAGGAUGGCGCUGUUGGCCUCGCCUUAUUCUUGUACCCUGCCAUCGAACUGUGGAACCGCAACGUCAACUCUCAUGGUGUUGCAACAUGGGUGCUUCGCAAGACCGUUAUUCUGGACAGCAUCUUUGAUCUGGCGCCGUCUUCAACGGGGGCAUGGAGGUCAUUAGUUCUCGGGUAUGCCGAGGAUGCUAAUUCCAUUCUUAUAUCGGUGUACAAAGAGAUGUGCAUCCGUGUUUUUACGGUUCAACUUGAGUCAAUGCAGUGCAAGAGAAUUCAUGGACACUUUCUCAAUGAUUUGUAUCAUCCGUUCGCCAGUUUCUAUGCUGCAGGUCCAUCGACGGCACAAAUUCUUGCUCCUGUGAACAACCAUGGGGGUGCUGGUGGGGCACAGCAUAAUGGCUAG